ACUUUUGGACUGGCCAACACGCUUUCAAAUCGUCCUUGGUGUUGCGAAUGGCCUUGCUUAUCUUCACGAAGGAUCCCAAAAGCAGAUCAUCCACCGCGACAUAAAAGCAAGCAAUAUCCUUCUCGACCAUAGACUACAUCCAAAAAUCUCGGACUUCGGAAUCUCCAAACUCUUCAACCAAGAGAAAGGAUUUACGAGCACCGUGAUCGCCGGAACAAUGGGCUAUCUCGCUCCAGAGUAUGUGCUGGGUGGAUUGCUGACUGUCAAAGCCGAUGUGUAUAGCUUUGGAGUCCUGACGCUGGAGAUUGUCAGCGGACAAAGAUGCAGCGACCGAAAAGAUGGCCGCCUGCUAGUUUACUCGGCAUGGAUACUUCACGAAAACAACAGCGAACUCGAGAUUGCUGACGAGAGACUAGACUUGGAACACAACUCCGAAGAAAUCUUGCGAGUUAUCCAAGUCGCUCUCGCUUGCACUCACGAGAACUCGGCGUCUCGUCCAUCGAUGGGGGACGCUGUUGCCAUGCUCUCCGGCUACAAGCAAGUCAUAAUCGCUCCCAGAUCCCAUGAUGUCUAUCUAGAUUAUCUCAGCAGCAACGAUACGGAUAAUUCUCGCUUGUUGACAACGUCCAACACAUUCGAUCCGGGAACGAGUUUUAGCACUGAAUCAAGGGCAUAGUCGAGCGACAUUUUUACGUGUAAAUUAACUUGUCAUAGAAUGUUUUCUUAAAGGCUAAUUACAAUUUUGAAAAUCA